CUGAAAGUGGACUUGCAUCCGUGUACAGUUGUCUCAAAGCAAAUAAGUCUGGGUGUCACACCAGCCUGAUGCUGGGACCAGGGUCACAUGCCAUGGACAGGUGCUGGGAUCAAAGUUAACAAGCUAACCAACCUGCUCAAAGAGAAGGGAUGCCACACCUUCCAAGGGAGCCUAUCUCCCUGGGGGAUGAUUCUCUGAGAGCAGGGCUGAGUAUAAAAGGCUAUCCAGGGACGGUGUUUUGACUUUGUCAGAGGGGUUCAAAAUACUCAGGGAAGAUUUUAGAGAAAAUUUCAGGAGGAAACCUCAGUUUGAAGGGGAGGUGGUAUUCUGACUUGAAGCUGCAUCACUGUGAUUAGCUCUGUAAUUUAACAGCAGGCUCUCACACUGCUUUUUCCUGCUAUCUGCCCAGUGCGGAGUAUGGCUUCCAUUUUGCCUGCUUCUAAUAGAUCCAUGAGACCUGACAAGAAUACGUAUGAGAGAGAACGGUCUGUGUAUGUUAGGAAUCCACACUUGGAUGCCAUGGACGAAGACAUUCUCUACCACUUGGAUUUAGGGACCAAAACACACAACCUACCAGCCAUGUUUGGGGAUUUUGUCUGCGUUGGUGGGAGCCCGAACAGAAUGAAAGCGUUUGCACUGUUUAUGCACAAGGAACUCGGGUUGGAGGGAGAUGGAGACGACAUCGAAGACAUCUGUGCGGGGACAGACAGAUACUGCAUGUUCAAAACAGGCCCUGUGCUCUCCCUCAGUCACGGGAUGGGCAUCCCCUCCAUUUCCAUUAUGCUCCACGAACUCAUCAAAUUACUCCACCAUGCACGCUGCUGCGAUGUUACCAUCAUCAGAAUUGGAACAUCGGGGGGAAUUGGGAUUGCUCCAGGGUCUGUUGUAAUAACAGAUACAGCUGUAGACUCCUUCUUCAAGCCUCGGUUUGAGCAGGUCAUCUUGGAUAACGUGGUCACCCGAAGCACCGAGCUUGACAAAGAACUGGCUACUGAUUUGUUCAACUGUAGCAGAGAGAUCCCCAACUUUCCAACCCUCAUCGGACACACGAUGUGUACCUAUGACUUUUAUGAAGGCCGCUUAGAUGGAGCGCUAUGUUCUUUCUCGAGAGAGAAAAAGCUGGACUACUUGAAGAGAGCGUACAAAGCUGGAGUCAGGAACAUUGAAAUGGAAUCGACGGUGUUCGCAGCCAUGUGUGGACUAUGUGGCCUGAGAGCUGCUGUGGUCUGUGUGACACUUCUCGACAGACUCGAGAGUGACCAAAUCAAUCUGUCUCAUGAUGUCCUGGUGGAGUACCAGCAACGGCCACAACGCCUAAUCUCAAAUUUCAUCAAAAAACAGCUUGGACUUUGUGACCAGAUGUCAUAGCUCCGAAUCCCGCCCCUCUCCUGAGAGUUGGUACAUGGAUCUGCAACGAUGAAGCCAUGUGUUGUUUAUAAUAUUUUUAUGUAAUUCUCAUCCUUGGGCUAAAAAAAUCAUAAAAGAUUUUAUGAAAUCUUUUAUCUUGAAGUUCAAUUUAUUGCAAGAGAAUUUAAUACCCAUGUGAAAUUAAGUUCAAAUUCCAUUUUAGAACGAGUUAACUAAAGCAGCCUAAUAAUUAAUAUUUUAAACUCAUGAAAUGUGACAUUUGGAGUUUCACAUGUAGCAUUAAUUAAGCUUAUAUCAAAAUAGAUCAGCCAUUUGUAGAUGCUUACCAGUUGCUUGCUGAAGCAGAUCCAGAAGUGUAUGCUAGGAUGUUGUCAGCACUUCUAGGUGUUGGACAAGUGACAAAAUUUGAUCAUGCACAUUCAAAAUAUUUACAAAAAUGUGUCAGUGUAAUAUAGGACGGUAUGGAAGAAUUCUCCUUGGGGAAAUAUGGCCAUCCCUUCUCUCCCGUCCCUGUACAAUUUCAGUGCACAAAAAUGGAAUUAGAACCUUAUGAGUGUAUGUGAGAGUCACAGAACAUCACAGCUUGAGGUCACACUUUUGGGUUUUUUUCCCCCUCUUCAAAUGAAAGCCCUCAGUAACGCAGACCUCCACCCACCCACCCACCUCCCCAGCUGGAAAUCAGAAGUGACUCAGUUACCUUCUCAAGAUCUUUUUAUUCCUAGAAGGAAAUAUGUCUCACACACACACACACACACACACACACACACACACACACACACAAAGCCUGUAUUUGUCGUUGUCUCAGUAAGAACUGAAUAAGCUGCAGGAUUAGUUAAUAACCAAAUUUAAACUUGAAAUCAAGAUAGUAACUGAAUCCAUCUGAGGAACUUUGAGGCGGGUCUCAUUCAGAGCCUGCACCUAAGCCUCCCCUGGUUGACCUUGAGAGGAUGCAAGCAGCAGAGGCUCCAGGAAUUGACCCCGCCUUCCAGGUUCUUUUGAACAUUUAGAAACUGGAGUGUCUGGUUGGGGUAAGAGUGGAGGAGGACUUGCGAACUUGUAUAGUAUGUAAUGUUGUGUGUAUAUAUGUUUGUACAUAGUUGUGGAAUGAAUAAAAUAUAUCUUUCAUCAUGCUG